AAUAUGCUGAGCAAUCCCUACUUUAAGUCCGUGCUGUGGCUGCUGGGCUUUGGUGGCAUGGGCUACGGCCUAAUGCUGCUGACCGAACCAAAUGCCGAGAAAAUUGAGCGCAUUAAGGCCUCCGGUUCGAGUGCAAAACUAAGUGCAGAUGACCAGCGGAAGGCCUUGUUCAUGAAGCGUUUGCAGGAGGCGGCCACCACCAGUACACCAGUGUAUAGACCACAGCCACAGGAAGACAAAAAAGAUAGUUAAGCGCAUUAAUUUAAAAUUCACAAAUUUGUUAC